AUGCAGUCAAUGCCAUGGCUGCUUAGACAGUCUAUAUGGACGGGUAUAAAUACAUCUCGGACGUCCUUACCGGUGCGGUCGCCAGUUUCUCCAUUUCCUCUCCCUAAAUCAUUUCGCUACACCGGAAAUACACGGCGAGAUUUCUCCGUCUGCCUACGAUGCCAAUUCCGAUCACAACCCGCCUUAUUUUCGGACGAAAUAAAAAGGUCGACGGACGGGAAGCCUGAAGAGAAGUCAAGGGAUGUGGGUAAUCCCUUAGCUACACCGGAUGGUAGUCGGGAGGGAGAGACAGAUGCGGGGGCGCAGGGAACUCCGCAGGCCGCGGACACGGUACAUACACAGGGACAGGAGGGGAAGGGAAAGGUCGAUACCAGUCGGUCAGAGUCUGGAGGUCUUCCUUCAUAUCUGGAGGACCGACGGUCGCAGUUUUCGAAGCAGUUCUCCACGGUGAUGGAUAAUGUGCAGUCGAAUGUCUUCGUCGCGGGCCAGCGGCUGAACGAUCUGACAGGAUAUUCGUCAAUCGAGGCUCUCAAACGCAGCAUACACGAGCAAGAGGACCGACUUCGAACCGCUCGCGUGAAAGUCCGAACAGCGAAAGAGGCCUACGCAGCCGCCAUAAACCGACGUUCGACUUCGCAGCGCGAAGUCAACGAACUACUACAACGCAAGCACGCCUGGUCCUCGGCAGAUCUGGAACGAUUUACACUACUGUAUCGCAAUGACCAUACAAACGAAGUGUCCGAGAACGAAACACAGGAAGCCCUGUCUGCUGCUGAACGUGAGUCGGAAGAGGCCGCUGCCCAGCUUACGAAGAAUAUCCUAUCUCGCUACCACGAGGAGCAAGUUUGGUCGGACAAGAUUCGCCGUAUGAGUACAUGGGGGACCUGGGGUCUGAUGGGAGUAAACGUCCUCCUUUUCCUCAUCUUCCAGAUCGGCGUUGAGCCCUGGCGCCGGAAGAGACUUGUCAAGGGGUUUGAGGAGAAGGUCUUGGAGGCUAUUGAGAAAGAGAAAGUCCUUGCACACACCCAGCCUCUGCCCUCUGCCGAAGCAUCUGUUGCCACCACAGGAGCAGUGGCUUCUGCCUCAGAUACCUCAUCUUCUACAAGUAAUCUCGCUUUGGAAGCUCCCUCUGAUGUGACUGUCGGGUCCACUGUGACAAAAACCAAGCCCGAAGAGCGGCCCACGGAAAAUGCAGUAACCGACACAUUCGAAUCGUUCCACCCGCAUCCACUACAAUUCCCACCAUCUAACACAGUCGAAUCAUGGCGUCAGUAUGCACAUGAUCUUUUUGGAGAACGGACUGUCAGCAUCGCACAUCGCGAUCUCUCUAUAAUUGCUGCCACUAGUGCUGCAGCCGGUGCCGCUGUUAUGAGUAUAGUUCUUGCCUUGGCCCGUUCACGGUGA